AUGGCUAGUGAUUAUCUGAAUUGUGCUUUUGUUUUGGUCUCUGGAGAUAUUGUUGUGGAAAUCUUCUUGCAGGUUCUGAAUAUUAGUGGCCUUACCAUUGUCUUGUUUGUGAAGAACUUGGAAAACAUGGAUGUGGACGAGAAAAUAGAAACCCUUACCAAUUUACUCCAACAAUUAGCUGUUACAGUAGUCAAUAACAUGGGGAACCAAGGGGAUAGACCUCAACAGCACCCACAAAACCAUAGAAACAAUGAGGAUAAAACUUUGAAGAUUGACUUACCUAGUUUUGAUGGACACUCUCCAGACCCAGAGGUGUACCUGGAUUGGGAAGCUAAUAUGGAAAGAUACUUUGACUUUAAGGAAACCACACCUGAACAACAAUUUAAACUAGCUAAGAUUAAACUAACCAAGCUUGCUUCUACAUGGUUAGAAGGAGUGCAGAAGCAAAGAAGGAGGGAAGAUAGAGAAAGAAUCAGUACAUGGGAAAAACUGAGGAAACACUUAAGGAGGAAGUAUGUCCCACGCAAUUAUAGACAGCAGCUUUGCAUACAAUGGGGAACAUUAAGACAAGAAAAUAGGACUGUGUCUGAGUAUAUCCAAGAGUGGGAACGGUUAUCUGUUGUUUGUGACACCAAUGAGACUGAGGAGAUGAAGAUUGGGAAAUUCAUAGGUGGUCUAAGGGAAGAUUUGAGGAGAAAAGUAGAGUUGACCCCAAACCUUACCUUCAGCUUAGCUUGUAGCAAUACCCUUACCCUAGAGAAACACUCCAAGAAGAAACUAAACAUAGGCAGCACCUACAACAGACCAAUGAGGAAUUACAACCCAAGAAAUGUUGCAACACCAACACCCACUGUGACUCAGACCAAUGCACCAGAUAGAAUUCCACCAAUGACUAACACGACUAAGGACAAAAAUCCCAGGGACUUGAAAGGGGUUGUUUGCUUUAAGUGUCAUGGGCAUGGUCACCUUAAAAACGAGUGUCCCAAUGCUAGAGCCUUCACUGUGCAGGAGUGGGCAGAGAUUAGAGAAGUGGAUAGACCCAGGGCCAUGAUGGUUAGCAGGAAUGGGAAAGAGGAAUUAGUUUGGCCUUCAACAUCUACAGAAGAUCCUGAUGGUACAUACUUUGUUAAUGAUGAAGGAGUCUUGGAGACUUUUGAGGGAACUGAGGACAGUGAGGAAGAAGGAGACAGAGAGGAAGUCUACCCUGAACUAGAUAUGCAAAAUUUGUUAAUUAGAAGGAAUUUCCAUGCUACACCAAGGAUCAAACCCAAUGAUCAAAGAGAGAACAUCUUCCAAACAAAAUGUAAAAUUAAGAACAAAGUUUGUGACUUAAUCAUAGAUGGGGGGAGUAAAACCAAUUGUGUUAGCAAGGAUUUAGUUCAGACCUUGGACUUAGAAACUAAGCCACACCCACACCCUUAUAAGCUGAAAUGGCUGGAUAGCAAGGCCAGUGGGUUUGUGAAGAAGAGAUGCUUGAUACAGUUGGCUAAAGGGUCAUUCAAAGAUAAAGUGCUUUGUGAUGUGUUAGAUAUGACUGCCUGUCAUGUGCUCUUAGGUAGACCCUGGCAGCAUGACAAAAGGACCUUACACAAUGGUUACACUAAUGUUUACACCCUGAGGCAUGAGAGAAAACUUAAGGAUCUUAUGCCCUUGCCACCCCACAGAACCUUACCCCCAAGGCAAUCAGUAGGCAGUAACCCCACCUUACCUUCACAGAAACCAGUAGGCACCUUAAUUACACAGAGACCUGUAAGAAGUGUGUCCUUGAUAAACAGAAAGGUGAGUAUUAAGGAGAUUAGAAGAGAAGGACUAGCCUUUCUCUUAUUCAGUAAGGAAGUUAAACAGGAAGGUAGUCAGUCAGACCCUAGAAUCAUUAGCUUGUUGAAGCCAUUUGCUGAUGUCUUUCCUGCAGAACUACCAAAAGGGCUACCUCCAAUAAGGGGUAUUGAACAUCAAAUUGACCUAAUACCAGGAGCAGCAUUACCCAAUAGGCCUGCCUAUAGAACUAGUCCUGAGGAAACCAAGGAACUACAGAGACAAAUUCAGGAACUUAUGGAUAGAGGAUAUGUUAGAGAAAGCAUGAGUCCAUGUGUUGUACCCACCUUACUUGUUCCCAAAAAGGAUGGAACGUGGCGUAUGUGUGUUGACAGCAGGAGCAUGAAUAACAUCACCGUGGCGUAUGAGUCCAUGUCUGGUUUUUGA